CAUCGGUCUUCUUGAUGAACCAAGCAUGAACGCUCGCUCGACUCCGAAAUCCGGGUCUCCGGCAGGUUUUGGUUCUGGCGGAGGAGCUCAUUCGUCCGGGUCGACGCCGCUGGAGCACUCGACCUCCGCGUCUUCGUCGGUUACGCAUCCAACGCUCAUCCAGCUCUCGCGACCAUACCUUACUGCCAGUCAAAUCGCGCAUCUCGCGCGGCAGACGAACAAUACGGAUGGAGCCCGAGACAAUCAGUCGCGAUUUCAUGCGUUUCAGCUGAUUAUAAACACAGGAGAGCAACUGAGAUUUCCCAUUCGAACUAUCGGAAGCGCAAUGAUCCUCUUCCAACGCUUCUACUUAUUUAAUUCACUACAGGACUUCCCAUACGUCACCGACACCGCGCUCGCGUGCUUAUUCGUCGCGUCGAAAAAGGAGGACACGCUCAAGAAGAUGAAGGAUAUCGUGAUUGCCGCGUACAACGUCCGAUAUCCAAACGGGCCAGAGAUCAGCAUGGACUCGCCGAUCAUUGAAGAUCAACGACGGAAGUCUUUGUUGCUGGAACAGCAUGUGCUUGAGACUAUGUCAUUUGAUUUCCGCAUGAGACAUCCUCACCCAUACAUUGUGAAGUUCUCCAAACAUCUAAAACUUAAUACGGAGCAGGCUCAGCUAGCCUGGUUCGUCUGCUUCGAUUCAUACAAGACACUGGCUCCACUCAAACAUACACCACACGCGAUCGCCCUGGCUAGUAUAUAUAUUGCUACCGCUUUACUUGAAGGCGACAUCCCGAACCAUAAAGAACAGGCGCGAACGUUGAUGAUCGAUCCGAACGAUUGCGAGAAUAUAAUCCUUGAGCUCUUAGAACUAUACAUCGACUGGCUCCCACAAACAAGUCUCGCAACCCGCUUCCCAGACAUCGGACGCUUCAUGACCAUGCGCAUCGACGUCAACAAACGACUGAACGACCCCGCGAACGACGAGUAUCGAAACCCAUCAGCAAGGGACUACAGCAACGACAGCUCAGAUCAGACGUCAAAUCUCCCUCGAAUGCGGGAUUCAAGUCUAGGCGUCCGCGGGACGAUGAGAUAUGUUUUGGACUGGGAACGGGCGAGCGCGGAGGGUGCGACGAUAUGAGGGCUUGAGCCGAUCUUUGGUUCUGAUCUGAGGUAUUCUGUGGGGGUAGGCUACGAAGAGUGUAUGAUUAAUGUUGUAUGAUAUCAGGCGGAGAAGAGCGUAUUUGUACAGUAUAGAGAAGAGAAAAUUGAACGGUGCUACGAAUAUGAUCUUUGGACAUUCACUGCUCGAAAUGCAUAUUCAGACUCGGGACUGAACUCAGGCGCUAAACAACCACCUCAGAUGAGAAUCUUCUACGAAAUAAUAACGCCAUUACCAUCAUCUCAUCCUCUCAUCAGCACACAUCAACCUGUACGUCGACAUGACUCACGCAU